AUGAUCACCAUCACGGCUCCAGAAUGCAUCACCAAGGACUCCAUCAUCAUGGUGGACCCCACCACCAUACUGAGCCUGACCACCAUGGUGGACCCCGUCACCAUCACACUAAGCCUGACCACCACCAUGGUGGACCCCACCACCAUCACACUAAGCCUGAUCACCAUGGUGGACCCCACCAUCAUCACACUAAGCCUGACCAUCACCAUGGUGGACCCCACCACCAUACUGAGCCUGACCAACAGGGUGGAACCCACCACGAUCCUGAACCUGACCAACAUGGUGGGCCCCACUCCCAUCCUGAGCCUGACCAACAGGGUGGUACCCACCACGAUCCUGAAACUGACCAACAGGGUGGGCUCCACUACCAUCCUGAGCCUGAUCAACAGGGUGGAACCCACCACCAUCAUACUGUACCCGACCAACAUGGUGGAACCCACCACCAUCAUACUGUGCCCGACCAACAUGGUGGUACCCACCACCAUCAUACUGUGCCCGACCAACAUGGUGGUACCCACCACCAUCAUACUGUGCCCGACCAACAUGGUGGUACCCACCACCAUCAUACUGUGCCCGACCAACAUGGUGGAACCCACCACCAUCAUACUGUGCCCGACCAACAUGGUGGAACCCACCACCAUCAUACUGUGCCCGACCAACAUGGUGGUACCCACCACCAUCAUACUGUGCCCGACCAACAUGGUGGAACCCACCACCAUCAUACUGUGCCCGACCAACAUGGUGGAACCCACCACCAUCAUACUGUGCCCGACCAACAUGGUGGUACCCACCACCAUCAUACUGUGCCCGACCAACAUGGUGGUACCCACCACCAUCAUACUGUGCCCGACCAACAUGGUGGAACCCACCACCAUCAUACUGUGCCCGACCAACAUGGUGGACCCCACUAUACCAUAUCUGACCACCUUACCGUGCCCUCUUCUCUCCAUGGUGGACUCCCCCACUACCCUGAACCUGACCGACACACCUACCAAGCCCUCUCAGCAUGGUCGACUCCAAUCUCAUGCAGAGGACGGCCACCACGGUGGUCCCCACCACCAAGGUGAGCCACAUGCCAACACCGAGCCCCACCACAAGCACAGGGAGGCCCGCCACCAUGGUCGCCCCCUCCGUCGCAACAGUCCCCCGCACCGAAGGCACCCUCGCCACAGAGAGAAUGUGCCCCGCAUUUCCCUGGAGGGCACACCUCACCACCAUGAACGCCAACUGGCUGAGCACCCUCAACAGAAAGACCAGGAGAACGGCAAGCAGAAGCCUGUUGACCAGCGCUACCGCAGGGAGCACCUGGCAGUCCCCUUGCAGCAGCCUUUUCCUGGUGCCCUACAGAAGCCUCCCUCUUCCCAGCAGUUGGAGCUCAGCCGCAGCUCCAGCCGCAGCACCAUGCCCUCCCGCCUGGCUGGUUCCACCAAGGUCUACCCCCAGCGGGACAUCAAGAGCAAGGACUCGGAGAGUGGUUCUGAGGACGACCAGCAGGUGCAGAAGCGCAAACCUGGCCGCACCACCCGGACCCACAAGAAGCUGAACCCGCUGAACUGCAUUCAGUGGUUGUGGGAAAAAUCAGAACUCCUCUUUCGUGGUCUCCAGAGGAUGCUCCGGAAGCUGACCCAAUGCCUGGCCUUUGAAGCUUUCAUCUUCCUUGUCAUCUGCCUCAAUACUGCCAUGCUGGUGGCCCAGACCUUCGCUGAAGUGGAGAUCAGGGGAGAGUGGCACUUCUUGCUCCUGGACUGUAUUUUCCUCUCCAUCUAUGUGGUAGAGGCAUUGCUCAAGAUCAUCGCGCUGGGCUUUGCAUAUUUUGGCGACUUCUGGAACAAUCUGGACUUCUGCAUCAUGAUGGUGGCGGUACUGGACUUCAGCCUCAUGCAGAUCAACUCUCUCUCCCACUCCUUCUACAAUCAAAGCCUCUUCCGGAUCCUCAAAGUCUUGAAGAGCAUGCGGGCUCUCAGGGCCAUCCGGGUCCUGCGGAGGCUCCGCUUCUUGACCAACCUCCAUGAGGUGACAGGGACCCUGGCCCGGUCCUUGCCCUCCAUCACAGCCAUCCUCACCUUGAUGUUCACCUGCCUCUUCCUCUUCUCUGUGGUCCUGCGCGCGCUGUUCCGCAAGUCCGAUCCCAAGCGCUUCCAGAACAUCUUCAGCACCAUCUUCACCCUCUUCACCAUGCUCACACUGGAUGACUGGUCCCUCAUCUAUAUAGACAGUCGGGCCCAGGGCGCCUGGUACAUCAUCCCCAUUCUCAUGAUUUACAUCAUCAUCCAGUACUUCAUCUUCCUCAACCUGGUGAUCGCUGUGUUGGUGGAUAACUUCCAGAUGGCCCUGCUCAAAGGCCUGGAGAAAGUGAAGCAGGAGAGAGCUGCACGAAUCAAGGAGAAGCUGUUGGAGGACUCUCUGACCGAGCUCCGCCAAGCAGAGCCAGAGGAGGUAGUGAGUGAAAGCACCAUGCAGAGGCAGCUCUUGGAGAAGAAGUUCGGAACCAUGACGGAGAAGCAGCGGGAGCUGCUGUUCCGGUACCUGCAGCUAGUGGCCGCUGUGGAGCAGCAUCAGCUGAAGUUUCGCUCCCAGGCCACGGUCAUCGAUGAGAUCGUGGAUACUGCCUUCGAGGCUGGAGAAGAGGACUUCAGGAAGUGAUCCUGGAGAGCCGGACCCCAGACACGGCUGUCAGCGUCCCAGAGCUGCCCAGCCAGGGACCAAGACAAGUCCUAGGAGUGGUGGAAUGGUGGGCCCAGCCAUGCAGUCCGGUCAUCCAAACAGAGUUGGAACCCCAAG